AUGGAAGACAUCAAGCGCGACCAUCAGCGGAUUCUUCGUCGCCACCGCCGCGAAAAGAAAGAGUUGGAGGACCAAAUCCAGAGCAUGAAGCGCUCGGUCCCCAAGGGCGACAGAGAGCAGCGAAAGCAGCUGCGCCUCAACAUCGCCCGCCUGCAGGCCGAGCUGGAGCAGAGGCACCUGCGGGAGCUCGAGAAGUUCCAGGAGAAAUUCCCCAGCAGCCACGCCCUCGACUCCCUGGCGCAAAACCUGGCGAAGCUCAACCUCGAGAACCGGCACCCGCACAGCUCCAAGGCCCGGAGGAGGCGCGAGCGGCGCGAGGCUGAGGAGCGCGAGGAGCAGGAGCGGGCCCUGGCCGCCGAGCUGGAGCCCCUCGAGGACUUCCGCAAGGAGGAGGAGGCCCGGCUGGUCGCCAUCUUGGCCGCCCGCGGCCUGGAGAUGAAGGCGCUGCCGCUCGACAGCCAGUGCAUGUUCCGCGCCGUGCAGGACCAGCUGCCCUUCGUGGCCACCGUGGACGGCCUGCGCCGCCGCGUCGCCGACUACAUGCGCAGGCACGUCGACGACUUCCUGCCCUUCUUCAACACCGACGACGACGACGACGACGAGGAGGAGCCGCUGACGCGCGAGGACUUCCUGGCGCACUGCGAGCACGUGGCGCGCCUGCGGCCCUGGGGCGGCCAGCUGGAGCUGCGCGCUCUGUCGCACGUGCUGCGGCGGCCCAUGGAGGUGGUGCAGGCGGCGGGGCCCGCGCUGCUGCUGGGCGAGCAGUACCGCUGCAAGCCGGUCACGCUGGUCUACGUGCAGUACGCCUGCAGCCUGGGCGAGCACUACAACUCCGUGCAGCCGCUGCGGGCGGGCGCCCCCGCCCCAGCCCCGCGCCUCCUCUAG